AUGACUGAUACCAACGGUACCAACGGAUCAAGUGCCGUCGGCCUGCGGCCGGAGCAGGUCACUCUUGAGUCGAGCUUUCGAGGUAAAGUUUAUGCUAUUACGGGGGGCUCCUCUGGCAUGGGAUUCUCGGUUGCCCUCGCACUGGCCUCCUUCGGCGCAUACGUGUCUUUCUGUGGACGCAAUAAGGAGCGUUUGGCCAAGAACGAAGCUGAGGUCGCCUCGUUGUCUCAUUACGGCAGGGACGGUGUACUGUCGUACAGCCUGGACCUGGUAGAUGAGGAUGCGGUGGACGCCUGGAUCCAGGCCACUGUGGACAAGUUUGGGAAGCUGGACGGCGCUGUCAACGCCGCAGCCCUCGAGGCCCCUGAGGCUGUGCCCAUCACAGAAAUGAAGACGUCGACAUGGCACACCGUGAUCAACGCCAACCUGACCGGUGUGUUCAACUGUAUGCGUUCCGAGCUGAAGAGGAUGGAGCGGGGUGCUGUUAUCGUCAACGUCGCCAGCAUCCUGAGUAAAGUCGGUCUUGAGGCCAACGCCCCCUAUACAGCCUCCAAGCACGGUGUGUUGGGACUCACCAGGGCCGUGGCUAAGGAGUAUGGACCCAAAGGGAUAAGAAUCAAUGCCACGAGCCCCGGCCAUACCUGGACAGCCAUGCUGGAAAAUGCAACAAACCGACUCAAGGCGAGCGGCCGUGAGAUGGUCGACGUGACAGCUCAUACUAUCCAGAAGCGUGUCUCGCACGCACACGAGCAGGCACAGCCCGUCCUCUUCAUGCUGAGCGAUUGGUCCUCCUUCAUCUCGGGAGAGAACCUCUCAGUCGAUGGUGGCUGGACAUGCUGA